AUGGAGAAGUAUACCUGCCCCAAACCCGCCCCAUUGCGUAUCUACACCUCUGUACAGCCGUUGGGAGAUGAAGCGCAGAUAUGCCAAGCAUGGGUGAAGACCACACUUGCGAACAAUUGUGCAGAUUCGAUCACUUAUUAUAGGAUCAUCUCUUAGUUUUGUUCUUCUUCUACAACCUGACUCCAUCCCGUUCGUAGGUUUGACUUGUAGAAUCAUUCGGUGCUCAUCAUACCGGGAAAUACUCCAUCUCUUUGGCGACGUUCUUCAACAUGCAGUCAAAGAAAAGGGGUCUUUCCUUAGAGGAGAAGCGAGAGAGAAUGCUGCAAAUCUUUUAUGAUUCUCAAGACUUUUUCCUUUUAAAGGAGCUUGAGAAGUCGGGGCCUAAGAAAGGUGUGAUUAGCCAGUCGGUAAAAGAUGUUGUCCAAAGUUUGGUGGAUGAUGACCUUGUUUCAAAAGACAAGAUAGGGACUUCUGUAUAUUUUUGGAGCCUUCCUAGCUGUGCAGGGAAUCAGUUAAGAAACGUGUAUAGAAAGCUUGAGACUGAACUCCAAAGCAGUAAAAAGAGACACUCAGAGCUUCUUGAACACUCUACGAAUUUGAAGAAAGGACGUGAGGAAUCUGAUGAGCGAGAAGAGGCUCUAGAGGAGUUAAAAGCUACUGAACAGAAACACAUGGAGUUGAAGGAAGAGUUGGCACAGUAUGCAGACAACGAUCCUGCUACUAUUGAAAAAAUGAAGAGUGCAGUUCAAGUCGCUCAUGCUGCAGCCAACAGAUGGACAGAUAACAUCUUCACUCUGAGAGAAUGGUGUUCCAACAAAUUUCCUCAGGCCAAAGAGCAACUUGAUCACCUUUACAAUGAGGUGGGUAUCACAGACGAGCUCGACUAUUUGGAGCUACCUGUGGCGGUCCCCCAUCUCCCUGGCAAAGACCAGAUAGUGUGACUAGUGAGUGAGAGACUCAAUUUACGUGUUCUAAAAAAAUGCUUUCCAUUUGCAAAAAAUUGUUUUCUGUACAACCACUCUCUGCCUGUCAGCCAAACUGGGCAUAGUUUUCACUUGAAUGUGUGGUGUAUGCAUGCAUACAUGCUCUCUUGUUGAAUCAUUAAGCCAGCAUGAUGAGUACAAUUGGAUGUAUCGACUAUACCAGUGGUUUAAUUUAGGGCGGUUAUCAUUAUACAAUAUAUGCUUGUGGCAUCACAUUCGUCUGAUCUUGGUCUAUUCUUUGAAGUUUCACCUUUAUAUCAUCGGCGCUCAAAUUGAU